UAUUUCCAUCUCUCUCUAUUUCGUUUCCCUCUAUAAGAGGGUUUUGUAUGGCCGCCAUGAGCAAGCUUCAUCAUUUUCUCUGAUCUCAAAAGAACGGUUUUUCCCCAAUUAUUUCACUGUUAUUUUCCCCCAAAAACAUGGCUACGAAUUCGUCGUCAUCUGGUGGUUAUGAAUUGCCAUGGGUUGAGAAGUACAGGCCCGUAAAAGUUGCAGAGGUAGUGGGGAACCAGGACGCUGUUUCCAGGCUCCAAGUCAUUGCAAGGGAUGGGAAUAUGCCCAAUCUCAUUCUAUCGGGCCCUCCUGGAACUGGAAAAACUUCCAGUAUAUUGGCACUUGCCCAUGAGUUGUUAGGGACAAAUUUUAAAGAGGCUGUUUUGGAACUCAAUGCAUCAGAUGACAGGGGAAUUGAUGUUGUGAGAAACAAGAUCAAGAUGUUUGCCCAGAAAAAAGUAACAUUGUCCCCUGGUCGGCAUAAGAUAAUUGUUUUGGAUGAAGCUGACAGUAUGACAACUGGAGCUCAACAAGCACUUAGGCGGACAAUGGAAAUAUAUUCCAAUUCAACGAGAUUUGCCCUUGCAUGCAAUACCUCGUCAAAAAUUAUUGAACCCAUCCAGAGCAGAUGUGCUAUUGUUCGCUUUUCAAGAUUGUCGGACCAAGAGAUUCUUGGUCGCCUCAUGAUAGUGGUCGAUGCCGAGAAGGUACCUUAUGUGCCAGAAGGACUUGAAGCUGUUAUAUUUACUGCCGAUGGUGAUAUGAGGCAGGCCUUGAAUAACUUGCAAGCCACGUAUAGUGGCUUCCGAUUUGUCAAUCAGGAGAAUGUUUUUAAGGUUUGUGACCAGCCUCACCCUUUACAUGUCAAAAACAUGGUUCGAAAUGUGAUAGAUGGGAAGUUUGAGGAGGCCUGCUCUGGUUUGAAGCAACUCUAUGACUUGGGUUAUUCUCCAACAGACAUUAUUACGACCCUCUUCCGUAUAAUCAAGAACUACGAUAUGCCAGAGUAUUUGAAACUUGAGUUUUUAAAGGAAACUGGAUUUGCUCAUAUGAGGAUUUGUGACGGAGUUGGUUCGCUCCUCCAAUUGUGUGGUCUCUUGGCAAAGCUCUCUCGUGUUCGAGAAACUGCUAAAGCUGUAUAGUUCGAUCUUUGAUGUUUUUACUGUUUGAUUUCCAUAACCCUAGGUUUUUUAUUUGCUUUGCUGUGAUCACUUUUCUGGCUGGAGCUCAGUCUCCUUUUUUCAUGAGAGAGAGUUCUUGUUUCAUACUUUUUGUCCAUUCUUACAUGGAUGUUGAUAUGAGUAUUAUGUCUGAUACAUGUGUAAGGUGUGGUGUCAAAAAAAAAUAGGCGCAUAAAGUCCAAAAUAAAAAUUUUCGAAUGUUGUGACA